AUGCACUUCAACGCAGAAGAAGGGAGUCCAAACCUCAAAUUUGACAUUGCUGCUCCGCGAGGAUGGUCUUAUGCCCUUGGCGACACCAUCAUCGGCAACGUGGUACGCCACAGCCCGAUUGUCGCCUCCGAAGCCGAACUCACCGUGACGCUCUCCGGUCGGGUGAAGACCAAAGUCUGCCGGUACGAAAAUUCUUCUGGGCCGCCCGGUAGCAGUGGUAGCAAAACAACAUAUCGCUCCGAAUUCCAGCUGUUGGACUUGGCACCGGAGGUGGUGUACCAAGGACCUCUGCAUUUGCCAGAGGGCAGUGACGAGACACUUAACUGGCCGUUCCAAGUGACGAUUCCGACGCAGCCCGCUGAGCGGAUUCGAAACAGCCUCCAGCAUCCCCAACCCUUUCUUUCUGGAUCAUUCUAUUCCAACCCAGACCAGGACGGGAGUCAGUGCAAAGUGGAAUAUUCACUCACCGCAAUCUUGAGAUACAAAUUCGGUCGUGAUCGCGAGCACAAAGCAAUAUGGCCCAUCAACAUCCGCCAUAUCGUGCCAGAGUGUCAAGACCGCUAUGCCGUACGAGCUUGGAGAUCCCAAAAAUCACUCCGGAGCCAGCGUUUGCUCCCCGGGAUGGACAAUGCUAGCCUCUCCCUCAAACAAGGAUUCAAGAAGUUCUUGCAUACUUCCAGCGUACCAAAGCUCUUCUACGACGCGGAGAUCACAAUACCUUGCGUGAUCCAACUUGACGACCCGCAGCCCCUCCCGGUCUCACUACAGAUAGUUCCUUGUCGGGAUCAAACAACCGAAAUAAUCAAGGACACACCUCAAGAGUUUAAAAUUAACUGGAUCAACUUGCUCAUUCAUCGGCAUACGGAGCACAACGCACAGAAACAUCACCCAGAACGGCUGCACGACAAACCCGUCGAGCAUUCAGAGACAAUGAUGUUAGACACAGGCCUACAGAGACUCUCCCACAAUAUGGACUCCCCCUUGACGAUAUCCACGGGAAAGCUCAACGAGCCGGUUCAUCUUGGAAACACGUUUCAACUUACAUUUUCGCCCAAGGGGCUAUCCUCUGGCACUAAACCUUUGACGCCGCUCGCUAAGAUCUAUCCUGAAUUCAACACAUACCGCAUCAGCCACAAGAACUCUUUCGAAUGGCAAGUCUGUGUCAGUGUGGCUGGAGAGACCAGGUUACACAAGAUCAUGACGGAGAUCAGAGUUAUUGACGCCGUUUGA